UCCCAGAAGAAGUAGUGGCUCCCCACCCCUUCUCCACUGUUUAUUCACAGAAGAAUUUGUGAAGCUUCAGCCAGGAGACAAGAAGCCACAGCCAUCUGAAGAAUGAGCUUUACACCACAGGCAGGAGGGGUAGUGCUGUGUCAAAUGCAGUUGCUGCUAUUUUGUUGAUGGGCAGGACUAGACCAUGUUUCUGCUCUUUGAUUUGCGGCAAAGUUGUUUGUGUUCACAUGUGAAAUGGGAUCCCACAACCCAUCAAAAUGAAGAACAAAAUGCAAGCGUGGAGUUGGUGGACAUGAGCCAAAGGACAAGACUAUAAGCCCUGGAUGAGGAAGAAUUGCAUCAUCUGGCAAGUGUUACGAACACCAUCCCAUGGAAAUGCUUCCUGUGGUUGGAAAUGCCGUCGGUGUUAGAGAAAGCAGGAUUCCAGGAAGUGCAUGGAAAUCUUGGAACCUUCUCAGAGGGACAUAUUCAACCACCUGACCCGGAUGAAAAUGACUCCUGCUUACACCUUUAAGAACUCACUGAAAGGACACAUAACUGAAUAAUACUUUUCAUCAUGGAGCUUGUAGGUUCUACUUUAAUGGCAACUUAUGCCCAUCCAAAACCAACACCUACUAACUUCCUACCAGCUAUCAGCACCAUGGCAUCAAGCUAUAAGAACCACUUUCCACACUACUCCUUAACCCAUAGCCUGAGCCUGCCUUGGAGACCGAGCACAUAUUAUAAAGUAGCAGCCAUCACUCCAACUUUGGCUCCAUUCUCCAAAGGUUUCCAAGGGUUAACCCAAAGCAAGAUGCUUCCUUUUGUUUCCAAUAGAACAGCCCUUUUCACGAGGUAUACCCCAGAUGACUGGUACAAGUCCAACCUGACCAAUUACAAAGAGUCCGAGACUUCCCGGCACAGUGCUGAGAGGCUCAGAGUGGACACCUCCCGGAUGAUCCAAGACAGAGAGCAGCAAACCAGGAAAACCCAAUCAGAAAUUACCAAGAAUCUGGGAGAACGGGUCAACGAUAUAAUAUUUUGGAAAUCAGAACUCAACCAUGAGAUAGAUGAGAUGAUUGGAGAAACUAAUGCUCUUACAGACAUGAAGAAACGAUUGGAAAGAGCUUUGGCUGAAACAGAAAGUCCUCUCCAGGUAGCUGAAGAAUGCUUACUUCACAGAGAGAAGAGGAUGGGGAUUGAUCUAGUGCACGAUGAUGUGGAAAAACAGCUGUUAACGGAAGUUGACGUCAUCAAAUCAUGUCAGGAGAGGAUGAGGCGCCACCUGGAUAAGGCGAUAGCGCAGCUUGCAUCUGACAGGGCAGCCCAGCACGAGCUGGAGAAAGACCUUGCCGAUAAGCAAACAGCUCACCGGAUCGAUGAUAAAUGUCAUCAUUUAAGGAACACUUCUGAUGGCAUCAGUUAUUACAGAGGAGUUGAGCGAGUGGAUGCCACGAUCUCUGUGCCAGAGUCCUGGGCCAAGUUUACAGAUGAUAAUAUUUUACGCUCUCAGAGUGAACGGACUGCCUCCUCCAAACUGAGGGAUGAUAUUGAAAACCUGCUGGUUGUGACUGCAAAUGAGAUGUGGAACCAGUUUAACAAAGUGAAUGUUGCCUUCACUAAUCGCAUUGCAGAGACAGCUGAUGCCAAAAAUAAGAUUCAGGCUCACCUGGCUAAGACUCUACAGGAAAUCUUCCAGACUGAGAUGACCAUAGAAGCCAUUAGAAAAGCCAUUAGGGACAAAGGACCUCCCCUAAAGGUAGCCCACACACGGCUGGAUGAGCGCACACGGAGACCUAAUGUGGAGCUGUGCCGGGACUCUGCCCAAUUACGACUUGUUAAUGAGGUCCAUGAAAUUGAUGACACAAUCCAGAGCCUUCAGCAGAGGUUGCGGGAUGCAGAGGAUACGUUGCAGAUGUUGGUCCACACUAAAUCUAACCUGGAGCAUGACCUGGCUGUCAAAGCUAACUCCCUCUUCAUUGAUCAGGAGAAAUGUAUGGGGAUGCGUAAGACCUUCCCUAAUACUCUCAGGUUGGUGGGUUACACAUAGACAGAUACAAUUCUGGAGAUGUUUCUUCACUGGUUCAUGAAAACUUGCUGUGGGGGAGGUUUUCUCUAUUGCACUAAAAUAUUUUAAAAAUCUGUGGUUAUAUUUUCACUUACUAAUGGACUCUCUAAAAAGUAAUUAAAAGAUCGUUUACUCUUUUA